AUGUUGAAGAUUCUAAUCAAUGAUUAUCAGAAGCAACACGAAGAAAAGUUCUAUCCUGUUGUUCAAGAAUUGUUGAAAGCACAACGUGAAUUACAAGAGGUGAAAGGAAAACUUGAGGAGUUACAAUCUCGCGGUAUGGCGUCGUCAUCGAGCGACUUGCAAACAUUGCCAUCGACGAUUACCCUAUUUGUUCAAUAUAAUGGAUUUUUUAAUCAAUUAUGUGACAUACAAAAGAGCAUGACGACUGAAAAUCUUUUAAUCAAACUCCGGCAUUUGGCGGGAAUUCCCAGUGAUCGAUCAAUCCGUCUUCGAGUAUUCAGUGAAGAUGGUCUAAAAACAUUGUUUUUUAUCACGAACGAUGUGAAUCGAACAGUCGAGUCAUAUAAUGAUCGACUAGCAGCUCGAAUGAUCUUAAGUAUUGAAGACACUGACGACAAUGAUGAUGAUGAUAAUAAUGACGAUGAUGCUAGUAGUAAACAAGGAAGCGAGAAAGGUCGUCGACCGAAUGGUUUUCAAAGAUCCAAAAGCACCACAAGUAGUGAACGAACUUAUUCAUUUGAGGAAUCAGAUGUUUAA